GCGCAAAGGAUGGGAAGGGUAGGGGGCGUCAGGUGAUAGCAGUUGCACGAACAUGCUCUUUAAUUUUAAUUGUUUUAGAUGUGCUAAAUCCUCUGACGCAUAAACGUAUAAUCGAGAAAGAGUUAGAGGGCUUUGGGAUACGCCUCAAUAAACAACCGCCUAAUAUCACACUCACUAAAAAAGAUAAAGGGGGUAUAACAAUAACUCACACAGUACCAUUGACGCAUUUAGACGAGGAGACAAUUCGUUCGAUAUGUAUGGAGUACCGUUUAAUUAACUGUCAAGUGUCUCUACGUUGCAAUGCUACAGCAGAUGAACUAAUAGAUGUUAUUGAAGGAAAUAGAUUAUAUGUCCCUUGCAUCUAUGCUAUUAAUAAGAUUGAUCAAAUAACAAUCGAAGAACUCGAUAUCUUAGAACAAGUCCCUCAUUAUGUACCCAUUUCUGCAAAUCUAGAGUUGAAUUUGGACGGUUUAUUGGAGAAGAUAUGGGAGUAUUUGUCUUUAGUUCGGGUGUAUACGAAGCCAAAAGGACAGAUCCCAGACUAUUCAGCGCCGGUGAUUCUACCCUCUACUCGCUGUAAAGUUGAAGACUUUUGCAUGCGUAUACAUAAGUCUCUUUUAAAUGAGUUUAAACAAGCAAUUGUUUGGGGUAGAAGUGUUAAACAUAAUCCUCAAAAGGUAGGAAAAGAACAUCAACUAGAAGAUGAAGAUGUUGUACAAAUUAUUAAAAGAUAA